AGCUGACUUGAAUGUUGACAAAGCAAGUUGUCGCUACCGGUGGACGGACAGGGAAGCUCGAAGCUCCGGCGAUGUUUGUGGUUCUGUAGAGUUCUGCUUUUAUUUUCAGGUGGAGCUGCUCGGCUGGUCCGACAGCAGGUUUUAUUCUGACGGUUUCUUCCGGUCUGAUGUGAGACCAGAACCCCGAAGAACCCCGAGGAACCCUGAGGAACCCUCCAGCUCCCAGAAUGGACGUCCAGGAGGAGAGGAGGAGGCUGCUGGACCCGGAGGACCGAAAAGAAGAUCCCACUGGGCUCAUGUCGGAGCAGGAGGCUUAUAUGAGUAAAGUGAAGAACAAGAACCUGUAUUUGGCCUCCUUCGUGUCGGUUCUGGGCCCGCUGAGCUUCGGCUUCGUGUUGGGCUACAGCUCUCCGGCCAUCCCAGAACUCUCCAGCAUCGACGACCCUCGGCUCAGGCUGGAUGACGUCCAGGCCUCCUGGUUCGGGUCCAUCGUGACGGUGGGAGCGGCGUUCGGCGGCCUGCUGGGCGGCUGGUUGGUGGAGAAGAUCGGCAGGAAGCUCAGCCUGAUGUUGUGCUCGCUGCCCUUCGUCUUCGGCUUCACCGUCAUCAUCGCGGCGCAGAACGUUUGGAUGCUUCACGUCGGCCGGGUUCUGACCGGCGUCGCCAGCGGAGUCACGUCGCUGGUCGUCCCGGUCUAUAUUUCUGAAAUGGCCCAUGAGCGAGUCCGAGGGUUGCUGGGCUCCUGUGUGCAGCUCAUGGUGGUGCUCGGCAUCAUGGGAGUUUACCUGGCAGGUUUAUUUGUGGACUGGCGCUGGCUGGCCAUCUGCAGCUCCAUCCCUCCAGCACUGCUCAUCCUGCUGAUGGUCUUCAUGCCGGAGACGCCUCGCUUCCUGCUGUCUCAGGGGAAGAGGCGAGAGGCCGAGGAGGCGCUGAGGUUCCUGCGAGGCCCCGACGCCCCGGUGGAGUGGGAAUGCGCUCGCAUCGAGGAGGCCUGCGACCACCAGGGCUCCAGCUUCCGGAUGUCCGACCUGAAGGACCCCGGAGUCUACAAGCCGCUGAUGAUCGCCAUCAUGCUGAUGAUCUUCCAGCAGAUGUCGGGGAUCAACGCCAUCAUGUUCUACGCCGAGAGCAUCUUUGAGCAGGCGCAUUUUAAGGAGAGCGACCUGGCCUCGGUGAUCGUAGGUGUCAUCCAGGUGGUCUUCACGGCCUUCGCUGCUCUCAUCAUGGACAAAGCUGGAAGGAAAGUCCUGCUGAUCAUCUCAGGUGCUGCCAUGGCGAUCAGCACCACGGCCUUCGGGGUUUAUUUCUACCUGAUGUCUGAAAAGACUGAAGCUCUGGGCGACCUGUCCUGGUUAGCUCUGGCCAGCACGGCCGUCUUCAUCGCAGGUUUCGCUCUGGGCUGGGGUCCGAUCCCGUGGCUCAUCAUGUCGGAGGUUUUCCCCGUGAAGGUCCGAGGCUUUGCCAGCGCCGUCUGCGUCCUCACCAACUGGAGCAUGGCCUUCAUCGUCACCAAGACCUUCCAGGACAUGAUGAACCUCCUGACCAGCGCCGGAACCUUCUGGCUGUUCGCCUCCGUCUGCACCGCCAACAUCGUCUUCACCGCUGUCUUCGUCCCGGAGACCAAAGGGAAGACGCUGGAGCAGAUCGAGGCCACGUUCAGGGGCACGUCGGGUCCAUGAGGACCAAGAGAAACUCCCUUUUAUAAACCGGCUGGUCCUCCAAGGAGGUUGUGAGGUUUUUAAAAUGUUUUUAAUCCACCGGUUUGGUUCCACGGUUCUGGAAACUAAAGCGGAUCAGCAAGAGGUCCAAUUUGAGGAAGGAAGACGGUCAUUCUGUUUGGUGCUUCGUUCUUUAAAAUGCGACAAAAGUGACUCACAGUUUGUCCUACGUGACAAAAAAUUGACUAAAAGUAGUUGGAAAUUGUCCAACAUAACAUAAACUGCCCAAGAUGAUUUUAAAAAACCCUUAAUCACUGAACAUUCAUAUAAAAUGACUCAAAAAUUGUACAAAAUGCUAAAAAUGUACACAACUACACACACUAUUUUCUAAAUUACUUAGAAAACAUCCACAAUUAUGGCCAAUUUUUUUAAAUGACUCAAAUUAACUGAAAAUGACCCAAAAUGACAAAAAUGAUCAAAUAUUAGUGACACAUUUUCCUUAAAAAUUGUCUGAAAUUCAUCGUACAAGACAAAUAGUUGUCAAAAAUUACUUACAACUUCAUUCAUCCAUUCUCUAUCCACCGCUUUAUCCUCACUAGGGUCAUGGGGGGUGCUGGAGUCUAUCCCAGCUGACUCGGGUGAAGGCAGGGGACACCCUGGACAGGUCACCAGUCUGUCACAGGGCUACAUAUACAGACACACAAUCACACUCACAUUCACACCUACGGACAAUUUAGAGUCAUCAAUUAACCUCAGCAUGUUUUUGGACUGUGGGAGGAAGCCGGAGUACCCGGAGAAAACCCACGCAUGCACAGGGAGAACAUGCAAACUCCAUGCAGAAAGAUCCCAGGCCGGGAUUUGAACCACUGUGCAGCCCUCACAAAAACAUGUCUAGAAUUAUUCAAAAUGUCCAAUAUGGCAUAAAUUAUUAAAAAAUGAUCCAGAAUAACUCAAAAUUUGUCAAAAAAUGAGUCAGAAAUUGUCCAAAAUUACUUUCAGAUUUUCCUAAAUGACUCAAAAAUUGUCUAGAACACUUUAAAAUUGGUCCAAAAUUCCUAGAUAAAAAUGAAAGUGACAAAAAAUGUCCACUGUUACACAUUUUCCUGAAUUACUCCUAAAUUUUACAAAAUAUAAACCAAUGGCUAAAAUUACUCACAAAUUAAUUGGGAAAAAAAAGUCCAAAAUUACAAAAAUUAUCCAAAACUAUUUACACAUUUUCCUAAAUUACUCAAUUUUUUUUCAAAAUUACAGUCAGUUUCCAUAGUUACCUAAACUCUCUCCAGAGAGUUCAAAAAUUUUCUAAAAAAUUUUUUUCAACAUUAUUCACAAAUUUCAUCAAAUAAUUAAAAACUGUCAAGAAAUAACUGAAAAAUUGUCUAAAAUAAUGCAUAAAUUAUCCAAAAGUACUUGUUUUCUAAAAUGAUAAAAACUUCAUUCUAUUUAAUUUGUAUAAUUGAAUAUAAUUCAUGUGUUUCUAUAAAAACCUUCAGUAUCAGAGAAUUUAUCAAUGCAGGAGGUCAAUAAAUUCACUUCUUCAGGUUCUGAUUCUUUGAAGUUCAUCUUAAAUAUGAGCACAAAGGAUUAAAGCAUAAGAAAUCUUCGGUCUGUGGUGGAUAAAAGUCGGUGUCAUCAGUGUGACGGCUGGUUACUGCCCCCUGCUGGCCGCUCUGCUGCACUUCACCUCAGACCUCAGCAGUCAGUGCAGCUAAAAACCACUUUUACAGUUUUAAUAGAAGCUCUAAAGCAGCGGUGUCAAACUCAUUUUAUUCAGCCCAAUAUGAUCUAAAGUGACCAGUAAAAUAAUAGAAUAAUAACCUGUAAAUAACCACAACUCCAAAUAUUUCCUUUGUUUGAGUGCAAAAAAGUAUGGUACGGUAUCUGUGUACUGUUUUACUUUAUGAUCAAAACAACUAAAGUCAGCCGACAAGCAACAAAAAAACACAAAAUAUUACAAAAAUAAGACAUCAAACUACAAAAAGGAGACAAACGAGAUGAAACAAAACAAAAAAAGACCAAAAAUUUAACAAACAAUUUACAAAACAACAAAAAUGACUACGAGAAACAAAAUGACAAAAAGUCGACAACACAAAACGACAAAAACGAUACACAAAACAAUGAAUAUAGCAAAUGUCAAACAUAAGACAAAAGACAAGCAAGACAAAAACAUGAGACCAAAGACAAAAGUCAGACAAAACAAGACAAACAUGAGACACAAAAUGACAAAAAAAAUGAUAAACAACAUGAAAUUCAGAAAAAGGGGACAAAAAAUUUGACAAAAAAAUUACAAAGCAACAACAAAAGUCAAACAAAAAAGCAAAAAAAACACGACAAAAUAUUACAAAAAAGAGAUGCAAAAUGACAAAAAAGAAGAAAUGAAAUUAAAUGAAAGAAAAAAUCUGACAAAAAAUAGACAGGCGACAAAAAACAAGAAGCAAAACGACAAAAACAAAACAAAAUAUUACACAAAUGAGACACAAAAUGACAAAACAAUUAUCAUGGUCUAAAAACUAUUUUAAAUUUGUAGUUUUACAAAUUUACAGUUAAUGUCUUCUCUGUAGUUUUUACACUUUGAGGGCCGGUUUUGGCCCAUGGGCCUCGUGUUGGACACCACUGCUCUGUAGUUUAUAAACACACCACACAGAUGUGUGUUUUUACUGUUUGAAUAUCUCCACGUUUCUUAAAACCACAUAAUCGAAGUUCUUGUGCCAAAAUUAUUUCACUUUAAUUCCCGUUUUAAAGAAGCGGGUAGAGAAGUGCAGAGACUUUAUAAAAAAACAAAUUUUUCUUGUUCUAAAUCUGACUUUUAUAACCAGAAGUGAAUCAUGAUGAAGUGACUGGAGUGUGCAGUUUACACUCAGUUAACGUUUACAUCAUCAGGGAAGUGAAACUAAACACAGUCUGUGACACUAUUUUUUAGAAACAUUUAUUAUUAGACGACCAGCAGUGAGCUGCAUAGAAUAAAUGUGCGUUUUGUAAUGUUUUUAGUAAUUUUUUUCUUACAGGAAACAUUGAGAUAAUGAUGAUACUAGACUUUAAACUCAAUAAGUCAUGAAAACUGAACUCUUUCCUUAUCCUUCUUUUCAAUUUGUACGAUUUUCAGGGUUUUUUUCUUCACUUGUUCUCUCUGCGGGAAUAAAUAACUGUCAGGGGUUUGUUUUUUUGUUUUAUUUUUUUAAGAUCAAUGAAGCUAUGAAACGACUCUUCAAACCCUAUUUCUGUUGGGUGGAUGUUGAUAAUUUGUAUAUACUUUGCAGAUUUACUCUAAAUUUAGUCUGACCAGGCUCAGACGUCUCGGUUUGUCCACUGUGAAACUGAAUUGUGUCAUAAACUGUCUCUGAAUAAAAUCAUUUCUUACCAAAGGA